AUGGCGCAAAUGUUACGAUUGAAAAGGAAAAAAGUUAACGUACAACUCCAAGGUGCUGGAGGCAUUUCGAUAAAAGCUAAGGAUUCUGUAUCCACCCAAAUUCGAUCACGAAAAACCCAAUUCGCUCGUGAUGUGGAAUUUCUUGUGCUUCCUCAGGUCACAGCCGAUUUGCCUGAUCAAAGUGUUCCGAUCGACGAUUGGAGCAUUCCCAGCGACUUAUUUUUGGCCGAUCCAAACUUCCAUAAGCGUUCCGGAAUAGAUAUGAUAAUCGGCGUAUCACAUUUCUUCGCCUGCUUUACCUCAUCCGCAAAAAUACGUUUAGCAAGUGACCUUCCUGAACUAGUCGACAGCGUGUUUGGCUGGAUAGUAGCCGGAUCCGGUAGCCAAGUUCCAUCUUCUCCAGAAGUAGUUCAGUGUUCUUUAACCGCAAUAUGUAUUAACAGUUUAGAAGAAAGUUUGGAAAGAUUUUGGCAGAUUGAAGAGAAUCUUUCUUCCUCAGACUACUCAGUUGAGGAGAGAGAGUGUGAGGAAUUCUAUACUAACACUGUUACUAGAGACGUUGAAGGUCGCUACAUGGUGCGAUUACCUCGCCAACCGCAUUUCGAUGAGAUGAUUGGAAAUUCGAAACCUGCUGCACUCCGAAGAUUCAAGCUACUGGAGGAGAGACUAAAACGUGAUAGUGAUUUGAAGCAGGAAUAUCAUCGCUUUAUGAGUGAGUACAUUUCGUUAGGUCACAUGCGCUUACCCAAUCCUCAGGAUGGUUCGGCAACCGAAAAUGGUUACUACCUUCCUCAUCAUCCAGUAGUUAAAGCUGCAUGCACAACCACGAAAGUGCGCGUUGUCUUUAAUGGAUCUGCGAAGACUGACACUAAAUAUUCACUGAAUGAUGCUUUACGAGUUGGGCCUGUUGUGCAGGACGAUCUGCUUUCGAUAAUGCUCCGAUUCAGAAUCUACCCGAUCGCACUAGUCGCCGACAUGGAAAAAAUGUAUAGACAAAUUCGCGUACAUCCUAAUGAUACACCCUAUCAGCGAAUUUUCUGGAGAUUUAGUGACUCUGAACCCAUUCAUACUUACGAGCUGCUAACUGUCACCUACGGACUAGCUCCGUCCUCCUUUUUAGCAACGAGGACACUUCAGCAGCUAGCAGCAGACGAAGGUAGCAACUAUCCGUUGGCCGAGCCAAUUCUUCGCAAGGGAUUCUAUGUCGAUGAUUGCUUAGGUGGUGCACAAUCAAUUAGCGAAGCUUUACAGUUAAGAGCACAGCUUGAGGAGCUAUGUAAAAGAGGUGGAUUUGUUUUACGCAAAUGGACUUCAAAUAAGCUGGAAGUACCACAAGGACUUACGCAAGACCAAAUCGGUACGCAAUCGUCGCUGACAUUCACCCCAAACGAAGCUAUAAAGGCGCUGGGAAUCGGCUGGGAACCGGAGGCCGAUACACUGUGUUUUGAUUCUAAAAUCGACCAACCAAAUGAACGUUUGACAAAACGCUCAAUUUUGUCAUCUAUUUCACAGCUUUUCGACCCGUUAGGAUUGAUCACCCCUAUCGUCAUACGAGGCAAAAUGCUAAUGCAAGAUCUCUGGCUUGCACAGUGCGACUGGGACCAACAGGUACCACCAAGCAUCCAAGAUAGAUGGAAUAAGUAUUGUACCGAGCUGCCAGCAAUCGCAGAGUUUAGAGUAAACCGUUAUGCUCUUUUCCCACGUUCCUGUGUACAGCUACAUACGUUUUCGGAUGCUUCAGAGGCGGCAUACGGCGCUUGUAUUUACGCAAGAAGUUUCGAUCCAGUUGGUAACAUUCGCGUGCAGCUACUCGCGGCUAAGUCCAGAGUUGCACCUUAA